AUGGAUGCAUCUACCUCGCCAACUCCAGCUAAAAUAUCAAAAAAACGCGGCCGACCGCGUAAAAUAUCAAAAUCACCUUCAACUCCGGUCGAGUCGCCGUCGUCGCCAAAAGCGCAACAGCACACGCCAGAUUCUUCUUCGUCAAACCCUGAUACCUCUCGGCUUGACCUUGAAGAAAGUGGGCAAACGUUGUUUG